GACAGCAGCCGACAUCAGUGGUAUAUAGCAGCGCAGAGAGAGAGAGUGGAUGAGUCAGUGCGAGUGGGAGCGAGGCGAGAGCUCCGCUGCUGCUGCUGCUGCUGCUGCAAGUGUAUAGAGAGUUUAGUUUAUCCAUACACACGCACGCGAGCGCAGUCGCCGCCGACUCGCGGCUCGGAAUAUAAGCAGAAAGUUCCUCCGAAUAAAACAGCUCGAGACUUUUUUUUUCACUUUCUUCCACGCGCAUAAGCUUUCAACUCAGCGCGCAGUGCAGUGCCGAGCAGUCUCUGCGUGCGUGAACAAGUGCGCGCGAGUGCGAAGGCCCUUUGCAGCAUCGAAUUAGUGUCUUAUUUUCAAGUAAUUUGUAGCGCGAUACUCGAUGUGUAUACACACAGAGUGAGAGCCGAUUAUCAUCGUAUCAUCGCAAGAGGCAGCUGAGAAUAAGAGAGGAAAGUUGCAAGGAGAGCUGCUGUGUUUGGCUCUGUGCGUUAUUGCGCCCUCAAGCGUGCAGCCGUCCGCAGGUAGAUGGCUGGAAAAAAGUGUCCGAGCAACAGUAGAGAGGAGCUUGUACGCGAUGACGUCGUCGCCGAGUAGCCUGCCGGUGUCCAGCUAUGAGGAGCUGCUCGAGCAGGUUCGAGAGCUCAGCAACGAGCAGCUGGAGAGCUCGGACUUUUCCUUCAACGCCGACGAUCUCGCCAGGGUCGAUCAUAGUCUCGCAUCGAUACACAAGAACUACGAGAGGGAGCUGAGCGAGCAGUCGCCGAGCAGUAGACUCAGUAUCGAAGCUAGUCAGACGCUGCCUCUUCCGCCAAAGCCGCUGCUGAGACUCUCCGAGAGCAGCGAAAGCGUCACGCUGAAAAUUCCACCCGGAGACCCGACCUCGCGACUCAUUGCCUGGCGCAAGAAAAAUCAACAUCUAUUCCCCACGGAUGGCGGUCAGCAGGAGCGACGACGUCCAGUGUCGCUGCAUGGGCCGCGCGAGGACGUGCUGUUCGGAAGCAACAGCUUCGGGGUUUUCAACCCGACGAGCAAGUCGUCCUCGAGACCGGCGAGCUCGCUGCAGAUCGAGUCAACCGGUCCCGAGCAGUCCAGCAGCAGCAGCAGUAGCUCGACUCAACAGCUUCAAAGCAUUCCAAUACCUCAGUUGUUUGCCAAAACUGCACAAACCUAUCAACAGUUCGACGGGAGUAGCACCGAGGAGGAUAGUCGUCCAAGUUCUUCCCUGCAGUUGCAGUGUCAAAGGUCUCAAACCUCGCUUCCCAGCCAAGUCUCUUGGCCAGCCAAACCAGAUGAUACAUGGAGUUCGACUCACUCUUCGGCUUCGGCUGGACAACCGAUUGCCGGCUCUGCCAACGAGAACGACUUCUUGAGCAUGAUGAGCUUCUCGUCAUCGGCCUCGGGAGCCGGAUCAAAAUCGCCAGCGCCGGGAAUGCAGGGUCAGCGACGUCUGGGUGCCAAGAUGGACGUGGUCUACAGUCUCCUGAGUAUGCUGGGCAGUACCGAAGGCCGCGAGGACAUGAGCGCUACCCUGCUGUCCAUGAGCAACUCGGUGGACAGUUGUACGGUCAUGCGGCAGUCUGGCUGCCUACCUCUUCUCGUUCAACUAAUCCACGCGCCAGGACAAGACCCCGAAACUCGCGAACGUGCCUCUCGAGCUCUCUACAAUAUUGUUCACGCGAAGAACGAUGAGAAGACGAGCCGGCGCGAAGCUCGAGUUUUACGGCUGCUCGAGCAGUUGCGCGACUACUGUCAGACUCUCAGGAAUUCCCUUGAUAGUGGACAGCCUCUGGAUGACUUGGAGAGCCAUCCAGGUGCAACCAUUGCUGCUUUGAUGAAGCUGUCCUUUGAUGAAGCUCACAGGCAUGCCAUGUGCCAGCUUGGCGGUUUGCAUGCAGUCGCUGAACUCAUUCAGAUGGACCAUACUGUGCACGGCAGUGAGUCUGACGAUCCCAACUGCAUUACUUUGAGGCGCUAUGCAGGCAUGGCUCUGACUAAUCUUACUUUUGGAGAUGGGAAUAAUAAGUCUCUGCUUUGCUCCUUCCGAGACUUUAUGAAAGCCUUGGUCUCACAGCUUGCUAGUCCAAGCGAUGACUUGAGGCAAGUCACAGCCAGUGUUCUGCGCAAUCUUUCCUGGAGAGCGGACAGUAGUAGCAAGCAAACCUUGCGCCAAGUCGGCGCUGUCGUUGGCCUUAUGAAAGCUGCAAUGGAGGGUCGAAAAGAAUCUACUCUUAAAUCUAUUUUGUCGGCUCUGUGGAAUCUUUCAGCUCAUUGCAGCACAAACAAAAUGGACAUUUGCGCGGUAGAGGGUGCACUGGCUUUCCUCGUCGAUAUGCUCACUUAUAACGCUCCUUCGAAAACGUUGGCAAUCGUAGAGAAUGCUGGCGGUAUAUUGAGAAACGUAUCCAGUCAUAUAGCUGUAAGGGAUGACUAUCGGGCGAUCGUACGCGAACGUGGAUGCCUUCAGGUACUUUUGAAACAGUUACGUUCGCCGAGCUUGACAGUUGUGAGCAAUGCUUGCGGUGCCCUUUGGAAUCUCUCUGCGCGGUGUCCUCAAGAUCAGCGCUUACUCUGGGAUCUCGGAGCUGUUCCUAUGCUGCGGAGUCUUAUUCAUUCUAAACACAAGAUGAUAUCGAUGGGCUCUAGUGCAGCGCUGAAAAAUCUUCUUAGCGCCCGUCCAAACGGGAGUAAUCUCGUUCAUAUGGAUUCCACUACGCGAGGACUUGGUCUUCCGACUUUACCAAGCCUAACAGCGCGAAGACAAAAGGCCCUCGAGCAAGAAAUCGAUCAAAACUUGGCAGAGACCUGUGAUAAUAUUGAACCCAGCACAUCUCCUUUGAGCAAAGAUGAAAAGUUUACAUUUAAAAUAGACUCAACCUUCCUCGAUACGUCCAACAAAACCGUCAAGUCUUUUCGUCCAGCGGAGAUUCCCCCUUCAGUCUCUGGUCAACCAGGACCUUCCGGACUCAAAUUUUCCACGUUCUCCCGAAGUGAGAGCAGAGAAUCCAUGCGUUCAGUUACCAGUACACAUUCAGACACGGUUUUUGAAAAAGUUAAUCGUCAAGCACGAAAGGCAAUGUCACCGUCUGAGCUUCAAAUGAAACAGCAAUCGGCAUCGUUGCACUCGGCUAUCAACUUUGACAGUGGUGCUCCCUCUGAUAGACGCUCAAAAGGAUUAUCAGAAAAAAAGUACACGUUGCGAUAUAUGCACGCUAUACCGGAACGCUUGAAACCCGGAGAACCGUUGCCGGAUUUGCGCGGAUUGAAGUGCAGCUCUUCGACAAUAUCAUGGGCCACCGCGCCCAAUCAAGAUGUGGCAUGUUCAAAGGGUUUAUUGCAUUCGUCAGUUGAAGACAAUCUAUCAAUGACGCAUUCCUGCGAUUCCGCAAAUUCAAAAGUCGGUGCCAAUCCAGACCUAAAUUCGUAUAGUUUUGCAAGAGCCAAGUCGACAUCACCGUUCAACGUCGUCUCAAAUAGUAAUCUUCCUUUGAAUAAUGCUAAAAUUACAUCACCGAUCGCGAAUCCGUUUAACGAUAUUGUUGAAACAGAUUUGGAUCAACCAACGGAUUACAGUCUUAAGUAUCUAGACCAUACUUCAGAUGAUGAUAAGCAAAGUUCGGCGUACUUCACGGGCACAGACCAAGAACAAGAUAACGUCAAAACUAGCUGUACUGAAGGAACACCUUACCAAAGUUCGUUAAAUUCCUCUAGAGCAUCUUCUGCUUCUGAUCUGCUUGAGGAUGGUAGACCAAGAGGUUUCUGUAGAAAAAGUCUAGAUUCCAAUUCGACUAUAUCGUCUAACGGAUCAAAGUAUUUUACUUUAAAUACGACGCUUACUGGCCAAAAUAAACCACAGUCUCUAAUUAGCAGAGCUAGUUCAAGAGCAGAUUCGGUUAGAUCUACAACUUCUGAAAGUACAUUAACUUUAGAAGCAGGUAGAUCGCUAGAGAGCGACAGCGCUAUUUUUGAAGAACGUAAGUUGGGAGAAAGUUCCGGAGUGCCUAGUCUAAGUUCGUUGGUUGGAGUCGAGCCUAAAAUAAUCGAUGAAUCCAAGCCAAAGGGAAUAAACAAUUCACGCUAUGAGGCGUUCGCAGAUGGCUUCCGCGACCAAUCUGUGAAUAAUCUCGCAAGGUACGCAACCACUACCAAGUUAAAUGACAUCGAAAUUCAUGACGUUAACGAGGAUGUAAUAUCAGGAAACCAAACUACUCCCCUAACGUCUCUUGAAUCGGUGGAUCAGCAAGAAUUACAAGAUGAGGGAGAUCGCAGUGAAAUAACGUAUACUAAUGACUAUUAUACAGUCCAAGAAACUUACACUCUUGAAAAGGACUUUAGAAAAGCAGGUCAGAAUGACAAUGAUGACUGUAGCGUUUCUCAGCAGUGUUCUUCAACACUAAGUUUCGUUUCUGUCGACGACAAAGAGUCUCGUUUUGAUAAAAUCCAGAAGGAUAGCGGCGAAUUGAUAGAAAACUUGACGGAUCAGACACAUACUGCUGCUACGUCGAAGUCGGGUAGUUGUGAAUCUUUCGAUUCGAUCGAAAGAUCAGAGCAAGCUUUAUUGGAAAUAUGUAUUAAAUCUGGAAUCUCAAAGCCUGAAGCACUAUUAUCAUCAAUUGAAAACGGUGCGGCUGUAAAAUCUUCUCUUGGGAGAGAUGAUAUAGAUGCAUCAAAACAAACUGUGAAUGCCAGCAGUAACAUUGACAACAUUUAUAAAUCUGGUUCAAAUACGAUCGAGGUUACAGACAGACUUCAAGACGAAUACCGAAGACAGCGAGAUCCAGAUGCCAUGAUAGCUUCACUCGAUCGUUUAACGGCUGCUUUAGUUCAGCAAACCGAAGCAAUGCGUGAACGCGAAUCUAGCGCUAUGAAGGCUAGUUUGCUUAGCGACACGUGGAACGAAGAUUCACCAAAUGAAGUUUCGUUCCCUAGCAUUAGUGUGAGCGCGCCCCUGGUUUCUUCUUUCAAAAGUGACUUGCAAGAAGAAGAUCGUAGUAUUCCGGAUUCAAUGACAGACUCAAAAAUCAUCGAGAGAGAAGCGAUCAAACUAGCUGAAGCUAUGAGUGCUGAAGCAAACAGAACUAGUUUGACUUCUCUUGAUCUUGAUGCAAUAAACCCUCCUUCUACCAUGGGAAGUCUCAUAUCUUUGACGGCAAGCAUCGGAGGCGUCACAGAUAACGGCGAUAACUCUGCAGAUAAAAGUCGUGCUUAUUCAAGUUCUCUUCCGCUGAUGCAAUCUAUUGGUAGAAAGAAAUCUUUGCCCAUUACCGGAGUCGUUGCUCGUCGCGCAUUAAGUCAUGGACAGAAUCGCACUAGUAGUCUAGAAAACCUUUUGAACGAAUGCAAUAGCGGAAAUAUCUCUCAACUGGAAAAUGUAAAGCCACCGUCAAUAAUGGAUGAAUUGCUGGAUCUUGGUGAUAUGGAAAACAGUAUGUUGAGUGUGGAAAGUAUCACAUCUGAAAUCGCAGAUGUUACCAAGGACGAUAAUAACGACUCGCACAGCUUGACUAGCAGCGGGGAUCCUGUUUUUGACCUAAUAAAGCCGGUCGCUAACGUUCUUUCCAUGACUUGCAUGAGAUACGCUGAGACAAUGCAAACUAGUGGAAAUAACAGUUUGAGUGAACGAUUAGAAAACAUUAAUCCUCCUUCGUUGUUUAACGAAGUGAGCCAGAUGGACGAUUCGACAGUUGAUGUAAACACUAACUGCAGUGAUACUCUAUGUAUUGAUGCAGAAUUUUAUAGCGAGGAGGCAACCCACUGCGUGUUUGAUGAACGUAUCGAGGAAAUAGCCAAUGAUACCGAUGAGGCAGCUAGUCUACUUUCUAGUGAUCAUUGUAGCUCAGUGGAAUCCACCCCUAAAAAGCGCCUCUACAAAAAUCACCCUGGUCAAAUGACGCCAAAACAGAAGAGGCAGCUAGCUAAAGAAAGAUACAAGACUUACACUAUUGCAGCUGAGCGCGUUAAAAGGGAGCAAGAAGAUCUUAAGAAACAGGAGCAAACGAAUUCAACUAGUCCGAAAAUCUAUGCUGGAAAAUGCUCACCUUUUUCGAAAUUAACGCCGAAGCAGCGUAGACAGGAAGACAGAGCAAGAUUUCAAACUCAGGUUUUAGAGACUCCUGUUCUCGAUAAAACUGCUCAUAAUUCUUUGGAAAGUGAGCCUUCGAAAAUACCAACUCCUGAAAAGAAUAGUAUACAAUCCUUAGUAAAAAGUGGAAUUCCAACUUUGAGGAAAUUUGGUAGCGCUACCAAGACUUUUAAAUUUACUAAAAGCCCUGAUCAUGAAAUCAAAACAAAAGCUACCAACGCUCAGUGUGAUGAAGAAACUACUGAAAAACAAGAAGAACCAUCGUCACCUACUAAGACUACUAUCUAUUCUAAUGUUCAAACCGAAAAUAUGAAUGAAAACAGGUUUGCAACCUAUGAUAAAAGAAGUCUUACAAAUGGCGUCUCCAAGAAGUAUAGUCAAGUUCAUAAUGAUGAAGAAGAGCAAGAAGAAGCAGCCGGCGUAGUAGCGUCUCAUCUUAUUUCAUACACAGUUGAGCACACAGAACAGAAUUUCACAAUAUAUGAUAAGGUUGAUCUCGACGAUUCGCAAUCAGAGAGUGAAAACGAUUCGUGUGAAAAAGAUGAAAAUCAACAAUUAAAGGGCCCGCGAAUUGUAAAACCAGGUACACUUUCGAGAGACUUGAGUGUUGAAUCGGACAAAUCGGAGCAAGAAGUCCCAAAAGGCAUUCGAGGCCGUCGAAAACCAUUAUACUCGACGCCGAACACAAGAAAGUCAACUCCACAGUCGUCUCCCCUAAAGCAAACGUCGCUUGUCAAUCGUAGCAAUACUUCGCCAAUCGUACGAGCAACUAGAGCUACGACGCUUAGGCAGAACAAUAGCUUACAGAAAUCGAAUAGCCCAGCGAAAAAUACCAAUACUGCUCCAGCUACAGAAAAAAGAGUAGCCAGUGCUAAUUAUUCAGCUAAACGAAGCUCGAUACCGCAGAAGAUGAUGUCUACUCCAGUUAAAUUGGAGAGACAAGGCACAUUUACCAAGGAUGAACCUGAAAUGGAAAAUGCUCCUAUGGUUUUACCGAUGUCACCUUGCAAAUCGAAUUUUCAAACUAAGUCCGAAACCCCGAUUUCGAAAAUACCAGCAAAAACAUCACCAGUUCACGUAAAAUCCAAGAUUUCCAUGCGAACUCCCGUGAGAUCCAAUCCAUCAAAGCUCACAAAAACGGCAAGUGCAGAGAAAAUUACCACACCUACCGGUAUUCCAACUAUAGCCAAACGGUCAUCCACGAAUCUUGGAAGUGCGGUGAUUAAGUCAUCUUCUAACAAUCAAAUAGCCCCUACCAACGAGAGCGGUAUUCCUCGCAAAGUUUCACUAGGUCAGCGAUCAAAUAGCAAUUCGAGUAUUAUCUCAAAUGCCUCGAAUCAGGGAACUCGUAAAAUGGUAAAGGAAGCUACUAGCAAGAUCGCUACUUUGUGGAAAAAAGUCGAGGAAAAUAAAAAUAAACAGCGCUUCGAAAAGCCUGACACUAGACAAUGGAUAACGCCAAAGCGGGCGCCUACCCAAAUCGACUCUCCACAAGAGGAGAAAGAAGAAACUUGCAGAUUAUUUAGAAGUUCCACUUUCGAGGGUGUCACUGGAGAUUCGGUAAAUCCGAGUCAAGACUUAAUUUCCAUCUCUGGAGAAGUGACUACUGUAUGAGGGUCGAUUUUUCCUACUUAAGAGAUUUUCGAAACCCUUAUCAAGUUCGUUUAUACGUUUUUCUUAGGUUGAGAAAUAUUUUUAUUAGAAAUUGCUCGUUUUUUCAUUAUAAAGUCGAUUACGAUUUAGUAGAAUUGACACUGCUUAUUCAAAUAACUGAAAUUAUUAUAAAUAUUAAUUACAGUACCUAAUAGAGUUUCCUGAAAAUGGUUUGUAGAUUACUUAUACGUCUAUUUAUUAAUAUUUUUAGUUAAAUAAUUCAAAACAUAAAAUGCUCACCACGCAAGCUUAAUGAUAACAUCGAUUUGUAUCAAUCACUGUUGAAAUGCCAUAAUUUAUAUCAAAAAGGAAAAGUUACCGAUUCAUUCUUAUUCUACACGAUCGUAAUUUACUUUAUUUUGAUAUUUUACAAGAUCUAAUCUGCAUAUAAUAGAAACCUGAGAAGAUUUGAUAUCUCAUUGACUUUCGCUAUUUUGAAAGAUCAAUUGCAGAUAACUUAAUCAAUGAGAUUUUCUAACAGAGACAACAGUUUAAUACUCUACAAAUAAUACUAAGAAGUUGUGUUUUGACUGGACGAUGACAAUUUUUUUUUUUUUUUUGUUCAAGUUGAUUUGUUAGGCUUCGAGUUAUUCAGUCUAUAGUUUACGAAAAUAUUCUAUUUAGCCUUGAUUUAAUUAGACCUUCAUUUAUAACUCAUUAUUUAUAAUUAAAUGGUUACAUUUUUAUUAAGUAUUUGAAUGGUUUCUAAUUUACGUAAAAAAGGCUUAAUUUAGUGAUUUAUUUUGUUCCAUUGAAAUGCACAUCGUUAAGUCAACUAACAAUUAAAUAAGCAUAGACCCAUGCCAAAAAAUUUUAUUUAGUAUAAAAAAACUUGACACGUUGUUAAGCUGUGUGUAUAUAAGCGACGAGUCGAGUGAAUUCUGUAAGUGUCGAGUCGGUUAUCGAUAUUACAGACAAAUGCAACAUCGAUAAUUUAUUAACUCUCUGUAUAUAAAAAAUAAAUAAAAAAAAACAUGUAGAAAAAGUUUAGCGGUAAAUCUAAAAGCAAUUGCACGAGAAGCUUGCAAUACAAUGAUUGUACAUCCGAAAAUCGACUAGGGAUACACAGAAAUAACUUUGAGUUAAUAUAAAUGCUAAAGUUUUUGUUCCCUAUUUCUUCAUUUUUGUCAAAAAUAUUACGGUACUGAAACUCCCUAGUAUCAAAUUCUUACUUUUUUAAGACUGAUAGUAAUACAUGACGGUAAAAAAAUUAAUUAUUUAAUUUUUUUUCUUUUUAAUAAAUUUUCGUGAUGUAUAUUUAUAAACUAUAAGACUUAAUAUAAGUUUCAGUAAAUGUAUGCCUAGAUCAAUUUGAAUUGAAUCAUAAAAUAUAGCAAAUGAAACUAUUUUUUUCUAGUCUAUACUUUUAUUUAACUUUGACAUAAAAACAACACAUAUAAAAUUUCAAAUAAAUGUAUAAUGCUGCAUUUUUCGUACAAGCUAUGUUUGUCCUAUACAUACCGGCCAAAUUACGCGAAAUUUUAAUUAUUUAUGCACUAAUGUCCUAAAUUAUUUAACUUAUAAUAUUUUUGCCAUAAAUUGUAAAAUUACUUAAUAUCUAAUUUUCUCUGAAUAUUUUACUACUAACAAAAAUGUAGUAUUUUAUAAAAAAAAAUUCCUAACAUUUUGGAAGAAUAUAAUUAUCCCUAUUUCCAGUUCGAAUUAACUCAAGUUAAUUCUUCCAACUUGGAAUAUAUCUGGGGUUCUGAGUUUCUCAUUAUCUAAUAUGUAUGUAUAAAAGUAAUUUUGGUCUGUAUGCUAAAUAAAUUGCA